CACCAAGUGUCUUCGACAAGCAGUGGUACAACUAAAAAUCCACCAUGAACAAGUUCGUCAUUCUUCUCGUCGCCAGUAUCGCAUCGGUAGCUGUAGCAGCUCCAUCUGGACUCUACCUAGGCCACCACGGUGCAGCCCUAGGAGGCCCUGUAUUGGGACCAUCAGCCCUCGCUGGACCUGUUAACGGACCCCACACACUUAGUGGACCUGUCGUUGGACCUCAAAGGAUUUCUGGAGCUGUUGACGGUGGUGCUGUCGUAACUGGAUCCGUUGCUGGACCAUCCGUUAUUUCUGGUAGCGUUGUUGGAGGUACUGCAGUCGUUGAACCUGGAUACGGAUAUGCUGGCUACGGAUUGGGACAUCUCGGUCUUGGUCUUGGACAUGGCUGGGGACACGGUGCUCAUGGAGCAGUACUCGCUGGACCAGCAGUAGGCCAUGCUGCGAUCACCGGACCCGUAGCUCUCCCAGCAGUAGUAGCUGGCCCAUCUGGCAGCAUAGUUGCCGGAUACGGACAUGGAUGGGGACACGGACAUGCUGGCUGGUGGGGACAUUAAUUUUAUUCACUGAAAACAUGUUAACUGUUUAAUUUUUAUAUCGACCUCACGCAAAAUAAAGCCAUGAUCUCUAUUAUAUGUUCUUUACCGCAAAUACCUCUUGAUACAUAAAAAAAAUUGUGUAUUUUCAUUUGGUGAACGUAGCAUAUAUUUUGUAUGAUUGAAUGCAAUAUGAAUUUAUAAAACAAAAAAACAAUAAUAAAUGCAUAACGUAAUGAAAAA